AUGAUUGCUGGCGUGAUAGCAGUGCUUCUGUUCUGCUUGCGGCAAUGGAUGCUUCCAAAGCCAAUCCCUGGCAUCCCUCAUCGUCGGCGAGGAGCACAAAGCAUACUCGGCGAUGGAGCUGAUAUGCUUCAAGAUUUGAAAGGAACAGAGGACACUUGGAUGGAGUGGGUGACGCGGCAACUCCAAACACUCGACUCUCCUAUCAUCCAGAUUUUUCUCCCGCUCAAGAAGCCCGUUGUGAUAGUCGGCGAUUACGAAGAAGCCCGCGACAUUAUGAUGCGUCGUUGUCCGCGAGAAUUCGAUCGAUCAAUGCUCCUGGGCGACUUGCUAGCGGGAGCGUUGCCAGAUGCGCAUAUCAUAUUUCGCACAAAUGAUACAUUCCGCGAGCACCGCCGGAUCCUGCAAGACCUCAUGUCCCCGGGCUUUUUGCGGCACGCGGCAGCGCCCAACAUCCACGUACAGGCCUGCCAGUUGCUGCGGUUAUGGGAGCUCAAGGCUCAGCAUGCCCACGGCCGACCCUUUGAUGCUGGUCGAGACAUCUUCCAUGCUGCCCUCGACGCCGUCUUUGGAUUCGCGUUCGGACCACACUGGCCACACAGCGCCACGAAGCCAAAGAUCGAUGCUCUGCUGACGAGUGCCGCCUCUGGCUCUAUCAGCAGCAUCAGCAGCAUCAGCAGCAGCAGCCCGUCCGACGAUAUCGAUGCCCCUAUCACGUUCCCUGAGCCUGUGCAGGAUCAUGUUAUCCAUGCAACCCUAGGUCUUACGGAGGCAGUGGAAAAGGUGCAAGGCACACUGUCGAUGACUUUGACCUGGGCGUUGCUGUCGCUGACGCCAACCUUGCGCCGCGCACGUCGUGUGCGUGACCAGUAUAUCAUGUCAGCCAUCCAAGACGCCGUCUCCCGGAUGCAGCGACAAGACCAGUCUGCGACAAAGGCACAGAAUCCUGAUGAUAAGCAUGCUGUCUCAAGUGCUGUCGACCACAUGGUUCAGCGAGAGCGGCAGCUCGCAGAGAGACUCGACCGCAAGCCAGACUACUUCUCGUCAGCCAUGCGAGGGGAGCUGUUUGGCUUCGUCGUCGGCGGCCACGAUACCACGAGCACCACUGUGGCCUGGGCAGUCAAAUUCCUGGCUGAUCACCCUGAGUCCCAGGAGCGUCUGCGCCAUGCCCUGCACGAAGCCUGUCCUGCAGCAAAGGAAGGCUGUCGCAUCCCUUCGGCGGAAGAGAUACUCGACAUGAAUGCCCCCUAUCUCGACGCCGUGAUCGAGGAGACUUUGCGCUGUGGUGGAACUUCCCCUGGGCUCGAUCGCGAAGCCAUGCUCGACACGCACAUCCUCGGCCAUGCCAUCCCAAAAGGGACCACCGUGUUGCUGUUGACUCAAGGUCCAAGUAUUCGCAGUCCCCCCUUUGAUAUCGAUCAGGGUCUCCGUAGUGCAACACACGCCUCCAGAGCCAACACCACCAAGACCCCCGCCCGUUCGUGGGCGGCUCUUCAUCCUUCCCAAUUCUAUCCUGAACGAUGGCUACUCUCACCACCGGCAGGGUCUGGCAACAUCUCGGAAAAGCCGGUCUUUGAUCCGACAGCUGGCCCUACUCUUGCUUUUGGUCUUGGUUUGCGGGGUUGCUGGGGAAGAAGGCUGGCCUACGUCGAGCUCAGACUCUAUCUGGCCUUGAUUGUUUGGAACUUUCGCUUGUUGUCUUGUCCGGCUGAUAUCUCGAGCUACGCGAUGACGGCAGGGAUUACGAGCAAGCCUAAUCAAUGCUUUGUACGACUUACUAAAGCAAGUUAG